AAUAACAUCAAAUAUAAUUAACAAAUUUUAGUUUGAAUACGGUUACUGUUUUGGAAAUUGAUACAUUCCGAUCUUGGACUAAUCUAUAAUCCAUGGGCUGGCUAUUUUGCAGUUUCCCGUAAAUAAAAUUAUGAAAACAUGAUUGAUUUCUCGUUGGUAGACCAUGACAUCACAGGACACGUCAACAUUCCAAGUAUAAAGGACAAAACUGUCCAUUUAGAUUCCACCACGUGUCCCGAUAACGUUUCCGUCUGUAUCUCUCUCUUCCGUCUUCUACUCUUCUUCUUCUUCUUCUUCUUCCACUCACAAUCUAUCGAGCUAAAACACUGAAGCAGACAUUAGCGUUGAGAAAAAAAAAAAAGUAAGAACGAGAGAGAGAAAGCCAUGUCUGCGAAAACAAUCCUAUCAUCAGUAGUUUUGGUGGUUCUCGUCGCCGCAUCAGCAGCGGCUAAUAUCGGAUUCGAUGAGUCAAACCCGAUCCGAAUGGUCUCCGAUGGUCUCCGGGAGGUAGAAGAAUCUGUUUCCCAGAUCUUAGGUCAAUCUCGUCACGUUCUCUCUUUCGCUCGCUUCACUCACCGAUAUGGUAAAAAGUAUCAGAACGUGGAGGAGAUGAAGCUUCGAUUCUCGAUUUUCAAGGAGAAUCUUGAUUUGAUCAGAUCCACCAACAAGAAAGGCUUAUCUUACAAACUCGGUGUUAAUCAAUUUGCUGAUUUGACAUGGCAAGAGUUUCAAAGGACCAAGCUUGGUGCUGCUCAGAACUGCUCUGCCACUUUAAAGGGCAGCCACAAGGUCACAGAAGCAGCUCUUCCUGAAACAAAAGACUGGAGAGAAGAUGGUAUCGUUAGUCCGGUCAAAGAUCAGGGAGGUUGUGGAUCUUGCUGGACAUUCAGCACAACUGGAGCUCUUGAGGCAGCUUACCAUCAGGCAUUUGGAAAAGGAAUUUCUCUCUCUGAGCAACAGCUUGUGGAUUGUGCUGGAGCUUUCAAUAACUAUGGUUGCAAUGGUGGCCUUCCUUCUCAAGCCUUUGAAUACAUCAAAUCCAACGGUGGCCUCGACACAGAGAAAGCUUAUCCUUAUACCGGUAAAGAUGAAACCUGCAAAUUUUCAGCUGAAAACGUUGGUGUACAAGUCCUCAACUCAGUCAACAUUACUCUGGGUGCUGAAGAUGAACUGAAGCAUGCGGUUGGAUUGGUACGGCCAGUAAGCAUAGCAUUUGAGGUUAUACACUCGUUCCGGCUUUACAAGAGUGGAGUUUACACUGAUAGUCACUGUGGAAGUACUCCAAUGGAUGUGAACCACGCGGUUUUGGCCGUUGGUUAUGGAGUUGAAGACGGUGUACCAUAUUGGCUUAUUAAGAACUCAUGGGGAGCGGAUUGGGGCGACAAAGGUUACUUCAAGAUGGAGAUGGGGAAGAACAUGUGUGGUAUUGCUACAUGUGCAUCAUACCCCGUUGUGGCUUGAGAUGAUCAGCGAAUGUGGUUGGUCAAUUAUCAAAUUACGAAAUGUUCACGUAUUUAUUGGAUUAAGACAUUACGUAAAAGUUGGGACUUGGGAAUGCAUAUGGUUUAUGCUUGUUGUAACAUAAAAAGGUCUGUUAAUAUGUACAAAAUAAAGCCAAAACUAUAGACGACAAAUUUAUAAUAUUUUCAUGUUAAAUUUAUGAACAUAAAUUGAUUUAGAUCAAAGUAGUUUCGUUCUUGAUCCUAAGUCAAUUUGUCUAACAUAUAGCUUUUACUUUGAAUCUUGAUCCUUGAGUCAUUUUGUAUAACAUACAGCUUACAAGUUAUGACU